GACUCAUUGCUAGUGCUUUAGCUCUGCGGUGGACUGUUUCUUUCUUCCACUUCUUUAAAGUUGUAACUUAGACUGCACCGAGCUGUUUUUGUUGUCUCAUCCCCAACUCUUCAUCCAAGCCUGAGGGUCGUGCUUCGGGUUGUGUCAGCGCAGCACCAGCAGCAGUCGGCUAGGCCCGAAGCCACAGACACCUAUGGACUUUGAAAAACAAACCUAACAGUCUCCAGAAUCGCGUGUGAAUGGAGCAGUGUGCAAGUACGGCCUCCCUGCUGGCCUCGGUGCGGGAGCAGGAGAGGCAGUUUGAGAUGCUGAGCCGAGCUCUGGAGGAGGAGCGGAGGUCGUGUGCCGGCACCUUGCCCCGCCCCCUCCCCAACAUGCAGAACGGUCGCAUUCCUUGUGAUGCAGACAUAGAGAGGCUGACACUGAGUGAGGGUUACAUCAACGGGACACAUCACUUCAGGAUGGAUCCGGGUCAGGUGGUGCAGGAGUCGUACACAGUAGAGGACGACCCUCAGGAGUUGCCCCCUGUUAUCUCCGUGGAGACCGCUGAAGAUGGAACUACUCGGCGAACAGAAACCACAGUAAAGAAAGUGGUGAAGACGACCACCACCCGCACUGUAAUCCCUUCUGUGUCGGACACACUAUCUAUAGAUGGUGGGGGUUCUGUGACCGGUAUGGGGGGCUACACUACACCCAUAGACCGGGUCUACAGACAGGCCCCUGGAGUGGCUGUUCCCAUGGACUACCCAACGCAUACUGUCCCACGCAAUUACCACUACGGACCUCCUGGGGGCUACGAGUACCGCCCUGGACCUCCAUCUGACGCUUACGCGAGCCUUACCAGGGGAGCUCGUAUGGAUGAUCGCUACAGACCAGUCCAUCCAGAUGGGUACAGAACUCUGGAUCCAAGCUACAGAGCCCCUAGCAGGAACCAGUUGGACCCCUAUGCUGCUCAGCCACAGGUUCCGCGUAUGGGAAGUGCCUUGGAGCUAUCCUCCAUCCCACGGUUUGUCCCAGAGCCGUAUGGUUUGGAGGAUGAUCAGCGCAGCAUGGGUUAUGAUGAGCCUGACUAUGGCAUGGGACACCCAGUGCACUACAGCACUGUGCCUCGCAACCACCAUGCUUUCCCCCAUGGCCCCCCACGCAGGACUGCGAGUUAUGAGGGCAUCUUGGAUGGCGACAUGAGUGGUACUGGAGACCUGUACUAUUGGGGUGCAGGAGCACCGCUGGCCCAGGGUGAGAGGGGAAGCUUGGCUUCACUGGACAGCACUCUAAGGAAAGGCCCUGGCCCUGGUGGCUGGCGUCAGCCAGAGCUGCCAGAGGUCAUUGCCAUGCUCAACUACAGGCUGGACCCAGUCAGGAGCAACGCGGCUGCAUACCUGCAGCAUCUCACCUAUCAGAAUGACAAAGUGAAGGCUGAUGUUCGUCGUAUGAAAGGCAUUCCUGCACUGGUGUCAAUGCUUGACAUCCCAAACAGAGAGGUUCACUACGCAGCAUGUGGAGCACUAAAGAACAUUUCCUAUGGCAAAGAUCCAGACAAUAAGAUUGCCAUCAAGAACUGUGAUGGAGUUCCUGCCCUGGUCAGGCUACUGAGGAAGACCCACGAUCAGGAUCUCACAGACAUAAUCACAGCGACACUGUGGAACCUGUCAUCUCAUGACUCUGUGAAAAUGGAGAUUGUGGACCAUGCACUGCACGCCCUCUCUGACGAGGUCAUGGUGCCCCAUUCUGGCUGGGAGCGAGGGACCAAUGGAACAAGAGGAGGCGAGGAAAACUGCAAACCCAGGCAUCUUGAGUGGGAGACGUCCCUGACCAACUCUGCAGGCUGCCUCAGAAAUGUGAGUUCAGAACGAAGAGAGGCGAGGAGGAAGCUGAGGGAGUGCACAGGAUUGGUUGAUUCCCUCAUGUACAUUGUCCAGUCUCAGAUUGACUGUAAAGAUGUGGACAAUAAGUUGAUGGAGAACAGCGUUUGUCUGCUGAGAAACUUGUCCUAUCAUGUGCACAGUGAAAUCCCCGGUUAUGAGCGCUACCAGGAGACAGUGCCGAUAAACCAGGGCUCCGCCCCCUCUAGUAACAAGGCCGGCUGCUUCAGCUCCCGCAAGGGCAAAGAUGAGUGGUUUUCCAAAGGAAGGAAAGAUGAGGAUGCAGCUGCAGAUAUGAUAGACAUUCCAAAGAGGACCACACCUGCUAAAGGCUAUGAGCUGUUGUUCCAGCCAGAGGUGGUCCGCAUCUACACCUCUCUGCUAAAGGAGACCAAGAACCCCAGUGUGCUGGAGGCCUCAGCUGGAGCUGUUCAGAACCUGUGUGCUGGGCGUUGGACUUAUGGGCAAUACAUCCGUAGCCUGAUGCGCCAAGAGAAGGGUUUACCCAUCCUGACUGAGCUGUUGGCUCACGGCAGCGACAGAGUAGUCCGAGCCAUGUCUGGAGCCCUCCGCAACCUGGCGAUUGAUCCACGCAACAGAGAUCUACUAGGUAAACAUGCUGUACCACACCUAGUGGCCAAUCUGCCCGGUGGUGGUCAGAGUCAGCCGGUGCGAGCACUGUCAGAAGAGACUGUGGUGUCUGUACUGAGCACUCUCCAUGAGGUUCUGGGCUCCAGUCUUGAAGCAGCCAAAACCCUCAGGGCUUCGCAAGGAAUCGAAAGAUUGGUUCUCAUCAACAAGGACGGGAACCGUUCUGAGCGCGAGGUGCGUGGAGCCGGUCUGGUGCUGCAAACAGUGUGGGGCUACAAAGAGCUGCGCCGCACUUUGGAAAAAGAUGGCUGGAAGAAGACUGACUUCAUGGUCAACUUAAACCCUCCCAGUAACAACAACAGGCCCAACGGAUCUUAUGAGGACAGCACUCUGCCGCUCAUAGAUAAAGGUGGCAAAAGUGACCGGGAAAUGAUUCCAAUGAAUGAUUUGGGACCAGAUGCCUACUCUACACUGGACCAGAGAGGUAGAAAGAACACUCUGGAUAACACACUCGAACCUGCUGACAAAGAUGCAGUACAGGGAGGGAUGUAUGGGGAGAGGCAGGACUCACUGCCUCUAAUGGAUUCAUACGAUGGUUAGGCUAUAUCCAGUCACAAUGCAUGUCAGCGCAUGAAAAACUGAUUGUCUGUAUCACAAGACGACAGCCUCCUCCCACUUAUUGUCCUUGCUGAACUGGCAACAGGGGACCACAACACUAGCAAUGGGAUUUAAACUGCAUCCUUUAAACUACUUCUUUGUCCUUCUUCACUCUCGCAGCUUCUCUUCUGUUCUCUCUGUUACAUUCCUCCAUUGCAGCUGAUCAAUGAAACCAUAAAAAUUGUGGAUCUUCACUCCCUGUGGACACCCUGUGCCCUGCAAGUGUCUAACCACUCGGAUAUGGUGAACAUACCACUGUUUCUCCAAGCAACAACACUACAACCAGGCGGGAGAACACUAACAUUCUCUGUCAAACAAAGACUGUGGCUUCAUCUGAGGACGUGUAUUGGAGGUUGUUUAAUCAAAGAAUCUGUUUGGAUCAGAGCAAGACACUUUCUGGUGGAAUUUUACAUUCAUGAUGAUGACUCUGAAAUUGAGGGAAUGUGUUUUUUCUUUAAUUGAUGCUUAAACACUACAAAGAAUAAUUUGUUACCACUGAAAAUAAUUUUGUGUAUCAGUCAAUUAGAUAUGUGUAAAGCUUCUGCUUCUGUUUUGGUUGUAGAUGUUCCUCUUCUUGCUUUGCUCUGUACUGUUGGUUAUGUACCUGUGCCAAAUGUCACUGCUAUACUGCUGCAACUGCCAAUAUUGAAUGCAAGAACUUGUCACAGAGACGUCUUUCAGCAGCUACACUGACGACUGUCUUGGUUUAUUUUUGUGCACCGUUUGCAUCGGCAACAACCCAUCACCAACAUGCAUGGGGAUUGCUGCAUUUUCUGUAUUUGAUUGGGAUCUACACACAUAAAUCAGUGCAGGUCCUGGUAUGGAUUUAUCUACAUGCAGAAAUACAGAUGAACAAUGGGUCUCCUUAUUUUUGGAACAGACAUAGCAGUCUGUUUUUAAAAGUGAUCUUUAUGUUGGUAAUCCUUGAAAGAUAUUGGCUGAUUCGGUAGGUGCAUUUUCUUGUAUCACCUGGUCUUUAACCAUAUGAAUGUGUUUGAAAACUGUUCUUAACAGUGUGCAAACUGGAGUGCCUCGCUUUUUUUUUUUUUUUUUUUAUAAAUAGUGUGACAAAUGUGCCCAACCUGACUUGUUAAAACCAGUCACAUUGUGUUUGUUCAGCAUAGCCUACACUUUGGGAGUACUGUAUAUGGAAGCCUGUUCCAUGAGAAUAUGUGAACUUUUAUGUAGGAGCUUGUUCUUGUCAUUGGGAAUUAUUUUUUUAAUUUUAUAAAACUCUUGAGUUGUGUCUAAUUUACUUCUCCAUACAGCCUUUAAGACUACAGAACAACACUUGGGAGAUGAGUCUAUUGUCUGGUUUAGCCCACAUUUCAUAGUGCAGAUUGAUAUGUAGAUUAUGAAUGGAUUAUUAAAAGAAGCCGUAUCAGGGUAUGUGUAUUUUUUUUUUUCAUCCCCUCAUUUGUUCCCAUGCCAGAGAAAGCCUCAUUUCUCCAAAUGAACACGUUGCCUUCAAAUGAGGACUGACUUAAAGAAGAAGAGCAGGGGUUAAUAUGUAAAAGGAGGCAUUAAACAGAAUUUGCUAAUAAAGUGGAAAAAAGCACAUCUAAACUAUAUAUAUAUAUAAACAAGAGAAUAUUUGUUCAUUUUAAUUUUAUGUAUUUCUUUUUUAAUGUUGAUUUGGGGUUCAUUGUUUUGGGUGCUCUGGGUGAAUGCAUAUGCAAUCAGUUUUUAUGUUUAAAAAUAUUCACUGCGUCUUGAACACUAAUUUAGCUGAAAAAGAAAACCUCUUCAACUCAGUCAUCAGUUUAUGAUUCAGUAAGAGAAAACAGAUUGUGUACUACACCUUAAUUUCUUUGCCUUGGCUCUUAAAGUUGCACAUUCUCAUUUAUGAAUGAUUUAUGUAACUAGCAAUAAUGUUUGUAAUAAAAAAUGAAGAAAAAAUG